ACCAUGUCAAAGUUCAGAUGCUAAUGCUUCAAAUUGAACUGUGUUUAAGGAUAUAUGGAUGGGCACUCAGCUGCUCUUCAUAGACAUCAUGGCUUCUCUGGAGCUUCUGCUAAAGCAAAUGCGUGGCCGCAGGAUUACAGAAAGGGAAAGAAAUAAGCUAAAACAAACACUAGCCGAUAUUGCUUCACUUAUCCCAGUUACAAUUCUAAUGCUACUCCCUGUAUCUGUUGUAGGGCAUGCGGCCAUCUUAGCAGCUAUAAAGAAGUACGUGCCAUCCUUGAUCCCAUCCCCUUAUUCUUCCGAGCGACUAGAUGUUGUAAAACAACUUAAAAGAAGCAAGAAGAUGGAAGUUCAGACACUGAGCAACCAAGAGGAUGCAUCCUCUGCUAUCUCAAAAAUAAAUGGUUGA